AUGGCGGCUCAAUUCAUGAAUGACAACCAGGAACUUAAUGAGGGUAACACAGGGUUUGCUGCCAGAUCGUGUGGUUUUGUUGUUCUGUCGUUCUUGUUGCACGUUGCAUGGUUCUUGAUUUCAGUUGCCAUGGAUUCUAGUCAGUUCAAGCCUUCGGAUAUGGAUGCUAGACAUGUUAAGCCGCCGGAUAUAUUGAGUUCCUCGUUAAACCCUAAUAAGGGUUUUGCCGGGGUCAAUGAAAACACUGAUACUACUCCUAGUUCAACGCCAGGUACUGCUCCGAUCCGUGGUAUUGGGUUACGGGUAACAAAUAUUGAAGGUAAUACAUUGAUGCCUAGGAGGGGGUUAUAUUCCACGAAUAAUCAAUCAGUUCUUGACGGGCUGGAGGCCAUAUCUAUACCUGUGGAUAACCUAUUUGCGGCUGGUGGUUCGUCGUCAAUGGCUAACAAGGGUAAACCUGAUAGUGUGCAUGAUGACUGUUACUGGGAUACUUAUAAGGCGGAAGAAUCAGUAUCGUAUGCUAAAAAAGUUCAGUCUACGCGGAUGAAAAGAGAGGUUAACUUCAGACUUAUGAAGCCCACGGAAUCUAGAGAUGAUGCGGAUGUUGUUAUACCGAGAGAGGUGGUGCAGAAGGUUCAAAACAAAUUUGAUAAUGUGCUCUAUGGGUACUUUCUAGGGAAUCGCUUGCCGUUUCCGGUGGUCGAGUAUUAUGCGAAGAAUGUUUGGGCAAAGUUUGGGUUUUCGAAGCUCAUGAUGAACACGUCGGGUUUCUUUUUCUUUAAGUUUGAUUCAAAGGAGGGAUUGACGAAGGUUUUAGAAGGACGACCAUGGUUAAUACGUAAAGUUCCAUUAUUUCUGAAUGUAUGGUCUCCGAAGGUUACUCUCAAGAAGGAUAGCAUCAAAACAGUUCCAGUAUGGGUUAAGUUGCACAAUGUGCCGAUUGCGGUCUAUACUGAUGAUGGAUUGAGCUUGCUGGCAUCAAAGUUAGGGACCCCUAAAAGGUUAGAUUCUUAUACAGCCGAUAUGUGCGUUGACAAUUGGGGAAGGAGUAGUUAUGCCCGGGCAAUGAUUGAGAUAAAUGCUGAUAAUGAGUUAAAAGAUUAUAUUACUGUGGCUAUCCCGAAAAUGGAUGAGGAGGGUUUUGUUUUGGAACGGGUUAAAGUUGAAUAUGAGUGGAAGCCGCUCCGCUGUAGUUCAUGUUGUUUGUUUGGCCACGAUGAUAACACAUGUCACAAGAAACCUAAAGGUAAGGCUAAGGUGGUAACGGUUGAUGAGGAGGGUUUUGUCACUGAUAACAGAAGGAUGGCGAGGUACUCGUUUCCUCAAAAGAAGCAGAAACCAAGGGUUGUGUAUAAGCCAAAGACUAAUAAAAACCAUGCAAGUACGUCUGGGACGAAGGGGGAUACAUCGGAUGUGCCGUUGUCGAACGCUUUUGAGGUGCUUGAUAACAGCAAGAAUGAUGAGAAAAGGGACCCGACAAGUGCCAAAUCAAUGGUGGAUGAAACUCAUGGGACUCGUAUACAACAACCUGAUGAAGUUAUCGAGGUGAUCCCGACAGAGAUGGCUGAUUUUAUGAGAGAUAAGAUUUGUAAGAAGGUAUUCAGGAAUUGGAGCUGGACUUCAAAUGGAGGAGUCUGUGAUAGGGGUACGAGAGUUAUAUUGGGAUGGAAUGCUGAUGAUAUUGAUCUUAUGGUUGUCUCUCAGUCUGAUCAGGAUAGGAGGAGCCUGUGGACUGAUCUAUGCAAUUUUAGGGGCAUUACUAAUGAUGUUCCUUGGGUAGUCAUGGGGGAUUUUAACGCUGCUUUGAACAUGGAGGAUUUUCUUACAGGUCCAUCUUCUCACACGAUUGCGAUGAGAGAUUUUUAUGAUUGUGUGCAAAAUACUGAGCUUAUAGAUGUGAAGAGUCAUGGGCUUCAUUUUACAUGGAGUCAAAGACCAAAGGAUGGGGUGGGAACUCUUAAGAAAAUUGACCGGAUUAUGGGUAAUGUCAAACUUUUAGAUGUUUUUCCGGAUGCGUAUGCUAUGUUCCAGCCAUUCCGUGUUUCGGAUCAUGCUCCUGGCAUUUUGAGGUUAGCUUCGUUGGAUACGAGUAGGCCAAAACCUUUUAAGUUUCCAAAUUUUAUUACGUCGAAGCCUGAUUUUGGCCAAGCAGUUACCGCUGAAUGGUCUAAAAAUGUGGAGGGGGUUGCCAUGUAUUCUGUUGUUCAAAAAAUGAAGAGUUUGAAACCUCACUUUAGGAGGAUCCUUCGCAACCAGGGCAAUUUACACAAGAGAGUUACCGAGCUGCGGAACCAACUGGAUCAGAUUCAAAAACAAGUUGAUGCUAGUCCAUUUGAUACGGCUUUGCGGUCUUCAGAAGCUAUUUGUCUUCAAGAGUACAAGAUUGCAGCUUAUGACGAGGAGUGUUUUCUAAAACAAAAGGCUAAAGUUCAGUGGCUUUGUGCGGGUGAUUCAAACACCUCUUACUUUCAUAAUUAUGUGAAAGGCAGGAAUGCUCGGAGUAAAAUUCAUUGCAUCAAAGACACGAAGGGGAACCUGUUUGAAGGUGAUGAUGUGCCUACGGCUCUUCUUGCUCAUUACUCGGUUUUCAUGGGCACGGAAGAUCAUGUUGAUAAGGUGGAUGAUACAGAUUUGUUUGUUAAUGUCUUGCAACCCAAUGUGGCAGAAAAUAUGGUUAGACAGGUUACUGAAGAUGAAGUCAAACGGGCGAUGUUUAGUAUAGGUGAAAAUAAGGCGCCGGGUCCGGAUGGAUAUACGUCAGCUUUCUUUAAGAAGUCUUGGGAUGUUGUGGGUGGCGAGGUGACUAAGGCAGUGCUUGAUUUCUUUAGUAAUGGGCAAAUUCUUAAACAAAUCAAUCAUACGAUUCUUGCAUUGGUUCCGAAGGUUGAAACGCCAAAUACGGAAGAUAUCCGAUAA